AACCUUUUCCACUGGCUUGUGGAUUCCACAUGUCGUGGGUUGUGUUGUUUUCUGGUUUUCCUUUGCUCGCUCUUUUCCUUGGUUUUCAACAUCGCUUCUCUCUCCUUUUGUUCUUGUUCGUUAAGAGCAAGCUCCAUUUGAUUUUUCUUCUUUGUUUUGGUUUUUGGGUUUUGGGUAUCUUAUUUUAAAACAGAAAGGUGAAGAUGGGUGACAGAAAUAUUGGGGUGGCCAUUGAUUUCUCGGCAUGCAGCAAGAGUGCAAUCAGGUGGGCUUCUGAGAAUCUAGUGAGAGAAGGAGACCAUCUCAUACUCAUCAAUGUUCAAGGGAGCGUUUACUACGAGCAAGGAGAGAUGCAGCUGUGGGAGACCACUGGCUCUCCCUUUAUUCCACUGAGUGAAUUCAGUGAUCCAAACAUAAUGAAGAAAUAUGGUGUGCAACCUGACAUAGAAACUUUGGAUUUGCUUAAUUGCAUUGCUAGACAAAAGAAGGGGAUAACAGUUGUAUCAAAGAUAUACUGGGGAGAUGCUCGCGAAAAGAUUUGUGAGGCUGUUGAGGAUAUCCCAUUGCAUAGUCUUGUUAUAGGGAACAGAGGACUUGGUAAACUUAAAAGGGCUCUUCUGGGAAGUGUCAGCAAUUAUGUCGUCAACAAUGCAUCUUGCCCUGUGACUGUUGUGAAACAUUUAGAACCUGAAACCGAAAAGUCAAUUUAGCACUUCAGAAUAGCUUGCCCAAUGUCAUUUUCUGGUCAAUCACCCUAUGAAAAUCCACCCAUUAAGUUCUUAUGUUUGCUUUGUGUUUGUAAAUGGUAUAUGAAAUUGUACUCUACUCUGGCCUAGAAGACAGAUUUCUCAGUGUAUGAAAUUUCGGUAACUAUCUGCUGUAUAUGCUGUAUUUGUAGAACAUUGCCACCAUGGCGUCUGGUAUCUGUAAAGUUCAUGAAACGAAUAAAUUGAGAAUAAUUUGAUUUGUUUCUAACUA